AUGACUAGCCAAGCCAAAGAUAGCGAUUCCCAAGAACUUGGACGGGGAUUGCAUGCAAGACGCGAAAGACCCAACCCGGACGAACCUGAACUCCAAAACCAAAUCGAAACCUCAGAAUCAAAAUCGGAAAAACAGUCUUCUCUCGUUGCUGCCCUCUUCAUGCACGCCUUAAGACAAGUUAUACCAACGCUUGAAACAGGUCGUCAAACGCAUGAAUGGCGAGAGAAAAAGGAGCUUCGCUGGGCCUGGGACCAUCGAAUAGAGCGAGAACUUUUACCCCGAUUGCGUCGUCACCUCGUCGCAAUAUCAGAUGCUCUAGAACCUUCUCGUUUGAAAGAUUUACCUUUAUCUGAAGACCCGUCCACGGAGAUCGGUUGGAUUGAUAUCAUUACCAAUGAUGCAUCCCAGCUGAAAUCGAGCAUUAUUGUAUCGUGGUCUCACUGGGAGAGAUCCGAACCAACGCCUUUCUGGACCUCCGCCCAAUCCCAGAAUACUUGCCAGAUCGAGAUACCGAAAAGUGCGACUUAUUGGCUGCGCCCAUAUCACUACCCAGAAAUCCACUUAGGGGUUGAUCGCAUACGAAACGGCAUAGCUGAGCUUUUUAAAGCAAUCGCAGAGUCCUUACGAGGCACAGAAUCUCCGUCUGUCGGAAGAAAGGAAAAGGCACUACGCGACGUGCUACAAUCGAUAAAUUGGCUGAUUGCGGACUUGGAAGAUCCACGGCGAGUACUCCGAACUCAGUGGCAAAUAAACGUACGAGAGAUCGAAAUCAUGGAGCUGGCCGUGGUCAAAUGCUUGCAGCCCACUGACUCGCACAAGAAUACUAAGAUAGAAGGAAUCUGCGAUAGAGAUCAUCUCCGGCUACAUCGUUGGACUGCAAGGAAAGAUAUGAGCCACCUUGAGGUCGAACUCCUUCAAGAUUUGACAUCGCUCUUGAAGAUCUGCCGAAUCCUGUUGCACAAACUAUCGAGCUCUACCAGCAGCGAACCCUUCAUGACUUCCCAAAUGAAGUUGAAACAGCUGAAAAAAAUCCACACGGAAACAGAAGCAAUGGAAAGCAAGCUCAGAAAAUUGACAAUUCUCGUCUUGAAACGCCGCUUGAGAGGAUUGGUCAAUCAGAUCGACUGUUAUUUCGAGGACUUCGUAUUGAUUGUUGAUGAGAUUCAGAAACACUUGAAUACACUCGACCCUGGCGCUGACCCAACUCAGCUUCGAAAAGCUCGUGAAUGGUGUCAAAUGUGGACAGCUCAACAUCAAUUUGCUCUUCAGGUUUUCGUCCGGAAGGCUAAUUCACUCUUCAUCAUAAUGGGCGACAGUGAUAGCGAAGAGGACGACUCGGAUACGGAUUCUCUUUCUUAUUCUGAGUAUUCUGGCCCAUCUCGAACAUUGAGAUAA